AUGAAGUCCCUCACUUGGACCUGUCUUCUCCUUUCGCCCUCAACAGUCUUAGGCCGCCCAACUGUUGAUAGCGACAACGUGGUCCAAGGCAGUGAUACCUAUGUUCCUGAAGAGAAGCGUGAUGCCAACCUGUUUGUGGAGCAUGAACAUGAAUCAGCAGCUGCCACCGCUACGACUACACUAAGCCGCAGGGCAUCGCAUAUUGACAUCGAAGUGGUGCAAGAUGAGAUUGAGGACAGCAAAGACGAAUUUCUGACUCGUCGUGAUCAGGCCUCCUACGGCACAUCCUACUGUUGCAUAAUGUAG